GGUGAGUUGUGGGAUCCAACACCCAGGCUGCUGUAUGGACAGCAGCUUCUCUGGGACCUGUGUUCUCUAGAAGACAGGAGAAAGGAUGAGCAUACCAGGAGACCCAGCCCAGCCAGACCCUGAAGGCUGCAGAAGUAUCAUGAGUGCCAAGGAGGAUGCUAAGUGGCUUCAGUGGGUGACACACCAGUUUGAGACCAUUGCCGGAGAAGACCGGGAGAUCAACCUGCAAGAAUUCAAAACAGCCCUGAAUGUGAAAGAGUCCUUCUUUGCUGAGCGGUUCUUCGCCCUGUUUGACUCGGAUGGAAGUGGCACCAUCACCCUGCAGGAGCUGCAGGAGGCACUGACCCUGCUCAUCCACGGCAACCCCAUGGACAAACUCAAAUUCCUCUUCCAGGUGUAUGACGUCGAUGGCAAUGGCUCCAUCGAUGCCGACGAGCUGCGCACCGUGCUGCAGUCCUGCCUGCUGGAGAGCGCCAUCUCGCUGUCGGAGGAGAAGCUGGACCAGCUGACGCUGGCGCUCUUCGAGUCUGCGGACAAGGACUGCAGCGGCGACAUCACCUUUGAGGAGCUCCGAGAUGAGCUGCAGCACUUCCCCGGAGUCAUGGAGAACCUGACCAUCAGUGCUGCCCACUGGCUGAAGCCCCCUGCCACCAAACAGCACCCACCCCGUCCUCGCCCACUGACCUCUGCCUACUGGCACAAUCACCGCAGCCAGCUCCUCUGCCUGGCCGCCUACGCGGGCCUCCAUGUGCUGCUCUUCGCCCUGGCAGCUAGUGCACACCGGGCCCUCGGCGUCAGCGUCAUGGUGGCCAAGGGCUGCGGCCAGUGCCUCAACUUCGACUGCAGCUUCAUCGCGGUGCUGAUGCUUAGGCGCUGCCUCACGUGGCUGCGGGCCACGUGGCUGGCUCAGGUCCUGCCCCUGGACCAGAACAUACAGUUUCACCAGCUUAUGGGCUAUGUGGUGGUCGGGCUCUCCCUUGUGCACACUGUGGCCCACGUUGUGAACUUUGUGCUCCAGGCCCAGUCUGAGUCCAGCCCCUUCCAGUUUUGGGAACUGCUGCUCACCACGAGGCCUGGCAUUGGCUGGGCCCAUGGCUUGGCCUCCCCGACCGGCGUGGCUCUCCUCUUGCUGCUGCUCCUCAUGUUCGCCUGCUCCAGCUCCUGCAUCCGCAGGAGCGGCCACUUUGAGGUGUUCUACUGGACCCACCUGUCCUACCUUCCCAUGUGGCUCCUGCUCAUCCUGCAUGGGCCCAACUUCUGGAAGUGGCUGCUGGUCCCUGGCAUCUUGUUCUUCCUGGAGAAGGCCGUCGGGCUGGCGGUGUCCCGCAUGGCAGCCCUGAGCAUCGUGGAAGUCAAUCUGCUCCCCUCCAAGGUGACUCAUCUCCUCAUCAGGAGGCCCCCUCUUUUCAACUACAGGCCUGGCGACUACUUGUAUCUGAACAUCCCCACCAUCGCGCGCUACGAGUGGCACCCCUUCACCAUCAGCAGUGCUCCGGAGCAGAAAGACACCAUCUGGCUACACAUCCGCUCAGAAGGCCAGUGGACAAACAGGCUCUAUGAGUCCUUCAAGGCAUCAGACCCAGUGGACUGUGACUCCAAGAGACUGUCGAGGAGUUUGAGAAUGAGAAGGAGCCAGAGGAGGCCCCAGGCCGUGGCACAGGGAGCAGCGGCGUCCAACAGGGACGUCAGUGUGGAGCUGAUAGCCUACAAAUGCGAGGGAGCCCCGUGGCUGGGGGGCGCAGGCCCGGGGCACGCAGGGACACAGGCCGGGACCCAGGCGCGGUGCGGAGCCCCGGCCAGCAACCGGGUUCUGGUCUCUGAGAUGCCCCCUGAGAACCACCAACUCUGUAACAUCAAGUGCUACAUCGAUGGCCCUUAUGGAACCCCCACCCGCAGGAUCUUCGCCUCUGAGCAUGCCGUGCUCAUCGGGGCGGGCAUUGGCAUCACGCCCUUUGCUUCCAUCCUGCAGAGCAUCAUGUACAGGUACCAGAAGAGAAAGCACAUUUGCCCCAACUGCCAGCACUGCUGGAUGGAGGGCAUCCAGGACGAAGACAUGAAGCUCCACAAGGUGGACUUCAUCUGGAUCAACCGAGACCAGCGGUCCUUCGAGUGGUUUGUGAGCCUGCUGACCAAACUGGAGAUGGACCAGGCCGAGGAGCCUCUAGAGGGCCGCUUCCUAGAGCUGCACAUGUACAUGACCUCUGCGCUGGGCAAGAACGACAUGAAGGCCAUCGGCCUGCAGAUGGCUCUCGACCUCGUGGCCAAGAAGGAGAAGAAGGACUCCAUCACGGGCCUCCAGACGCGCACCCAGCCGGGGCGGCCUGACUGGAGCAAGGUGUUCCAGAAAGUGGCCGCCGAGAAGAAGGGCAAGGUGCAGGUCUUCUUCUGCGGCUCCCCGGCCCUGGCCAAGGUGCUCAGGGUCCACUGCGAGCAGUUCAGCUUCAGAUUCUUCCAAGAGAACUUCUAGCCCCGCCUCUCCGAGCUCCGCCCACCCCACCAGCCGGUGGGUCGCCUUGCCCAGUGCC